ACGCUCUUGGCACAGUUUAUACUAACAAGUUUGUAGCAAUGGAGAUAUGAAGUUAUAAGCUUCAAAACGGUGAGUCUUAUGUCUCACAAACUUCUAGAAUAAAGUCGAAAUUCUACACCUGAACUUUGGAAAGCCAUGGCGUCGAGCAAUGUGCAGACCACCUUCGAUCGCCUGGUGCAACUGCCGGGCGUGGUUGGGGCCAUCCUGAUCGACGGCGAUGGAGUGCCCGUGCGGACCAAUAUGACGGCGAGUGCUGCCGAGAUGUACGCCAACCGGAUGAGGCCGCUGGUCACGCUGGCCCGCUCCAUGGUCCAUGACAUCGAGCCCGACGACCAUCUCAGCUACGUACGGCUGCGCACCCGGCGGCAGGAGCUGAUGGUGGCCACCGAGAACCAGCACACGAUCAUCCUCAUCCAGGACAACCAGGCGCUGGAUGAAUCCCGGCGGAACAGUGCCGCCUCGCGCAGGGCUUCGAGGGAGUAGGGGAGUAGUGGAGUAGGGUCCUGCAUGCGGGCAGCAUAAACAAAAUGACAUAAACAAGCUGCGACAGGAGGGGGGAGGUUCGGUCGGGUGAAAAGUCCUUGCACGGGCGAGCUCGCAAAUCCCAAGCACAGCACUGAAAUUGUGAGCCGGGCAUUGCUGCGCUCGAAAAAAGCACGCAAAAUAAAAAUCCACAUCCAGGCAGGGUAAA